UCAGUUUUAUCAAAUGUCGCUCUGCAUCAGACGAACCAGAGGAAUUUUGACGUGGUAAAAAAUAAAAGACUUCUUUCUGGUAGCAUAUCAACUAUAUCAGUAAGGUCAGCUUUAGUCUGCGCAACCUUGUGUACCAGUGACCAAAGAUGUUGUUCCUCAAACUAUGAAAAACUAUUAAGCAUAUGUAAAUUGGAGACUAGUUGUAGUCCAGCAAUGGAACAGUUUCAGGAUUCAAAAGUAAUGAUAAAAGUUAUCAAGUGGUUACCAGUAUUUGUUGCAUAUAGCGGAAAUGAAAGGUCUGUUUACACAGCAUGGACAAACCAGACGGAAUGUUAUGACCUUCCAACACCACUGGAUACAGUAGUUACUACACGUCAUGUUAGAAAUCCACUAAUAGAUAGCUGGAGUGAUGUUGGAAUCAAAAAGGUUAAAGUUCAAUUGGUAAAGAAUAAUGUAGCAGUUGCGUGGCUAAUUUUCAAUGGGGAGAAUACCAAUAAUAUCAACUGGUUCAGUAAAGAGAACCUAUUGAACAGCAGUUUUAAUGAUCUGAAAACAAAUUCUACAACAAGGUUCUUCGGAAUAGAGGGUGACAUGUUUGAACAGAGACAAUUUUUCAUAAAUAUUCCGCUUCUGUCUAGUACAUGUGAAACGGACGGUGGAUGGCUUGUUGUAUGUGGGAAAAGACGAUGGUGCCAAUGGGAGCAGAAAGGGGAUUUUCCAGUGUUUCUUUAUACCAAAAAUUACCUAAACAGAAAUUGGCAUACUGAGUGA